AUACAUGAAAGGUAACUGGAGCAGCUGUAGUGUAACGUGUGGUGAGGGAGUGAGGACCCGUAGUGUCUCAUGCAUGAUCUUCCUGGAGUUUUCCCGUACUGUGGCUGAACUGCCAGAUGACCAGUGCCCUGGCCUCAAGCCUCCACACACCCAGCGCUGUGUCCUCCCUCCCUGCUCACAUGCCAUGACCAGACAUGAGUAUCCUGUGGGUGAAGUGAGUGAUGCAGCUCAGGAACCUCCUAUUGUCAGUCUAGAAGAUGCUCACGAAGAUGAUUCACUUGGUGACCGCAAAAUCCAUGAGACACCCUUUUUACCCAGGCUGGUGGAUGAAGAUGCAUCCUCAGGAAGAAGCAACAGUUUAGGGCAUGAUUUAGACUUGCCAGUACCAAAAGCUGAGGCCUACAAUGAACCUCGUCCAAGUCUCCAUUCAUUUGAGACUCCUGGAGUUCUUCGACCUGCCAGUGACCCUUUGCUUCUGUACGCCAGUGAGGUUGAUACCCACAACCAGUAUGACUCCUUUGAAAUGACCCGCGUCAAGCCUAAUCUAGAAUCUGAACACUCAGAAAUGAACUCAAUAGAAAUCGACUUGGGUGGAGGUGAUGGUGAAUAUCCUGGGUCUUAUCGGAUUGACGAGGAGUCCAACAGUGCCCACAUCUAUCAAUGGACUACGUUAGGCUUUGGUCCAUGCAGUGCUUCUUGUCUUGGUGGCGUGCAGGAGUCUAUGGUGAAGUGUAUCAGAGCUUUAGAUGAGAAGAUUGUGACACCACAGUUGUGUAGCACACUUAUGAGGCCGGACAUCAUCACUCGGACCUGCAAUGAUCAGCCCUGUCCCCCACGCUGGAAUAUUUCAGAGUUUGGAGAUUGCAGUAAGCCGUGUGGUGGAGGAAUUCAGACACGUGAGGUGAAGUGUAUCCAUGAGGUGACUCGAGGAGGGACCAACACUGUAGAGGUGCCUGAUAUUCUCUGUCCACAGCCACCACAUCGCACACAGCAGCACUGUAACUUCAAAGAUUGUCCACCUGAAUGGGUUACAAGCCGCUGGUCAAAGUGUUCAGCUCCUUGUGGUGGUGGAGAGAAGAGACGUGAGGUGAGGUGCCAACAGACUAUGGCACAAGGGCAGGCCGAAGCAAGACCUGAUCGUAAGUGCCCACACCAUCAGCCACGUUCUGUGAGGAAGUGCAACCGCAGGACGUGUCCUGAAGAGGGAGAAGACCCCAAAAAUUCAGUAAUCAAGUCACAGGUGCACCAGAAUUAUGUUCAGAGCAAAUAUAUGAAGAGGCUGACACUUAAGGUUGGUGGGAAGGCCACAGUGUUCCGAGGGGUAAAAGUGAAGGUGAAGUGUCCCGUACGACGUUUUGACCGAGCUAGAAUUACUUGGUGGUAUGAGGGUCAGCAGGUGGGAAGUAGAGGCCCCGUCAGAACCACCAGCAGAGGUGUUCUCAAGAUCAAGGAAGUACAAUAUCCUCAUGCAGGAGUCUAUAUAUGUAAAGGUCUACGAAAUUCAGAAAAUUUGCAAAUAAUGCCACCUCACCACACCAAUUGGUCAAAACCUGGAUGUGUUACAGUACUUACUCUAUACAAUAUUGGUGCGCUUUGUGAAAAUGCAAACAAAUCAGAGGCCAACCUUACUCUUGAUGUAAAGCCGUUGCCUUCAAGUUACCCAUCUUCAGAGGAGUUUCAUCACACAUCUGGCAACUCGGCUAAUGAAGUCAGUCUCCAUUCCCCUCACGAUGCCACCGGUACAAUUAAUGGCUAUGACUGGAUACCUAAUAAAUCCAGCAAGGUUCGAAACAAUGGAAAACGUCGUCGGAAGGGGCGACGUAGGAACAAAUCCCCAAAGAGCAAGGGUCGUGGAGGUCGCCGCCGUAAAGGUAACUGGGGUAAUGAUUGGCUGAAAAAUGGUAACAAGACAUCAUGGACUUUGGAGACAACACUUAGACCUGUACUACCCUUCCCUACCAGCCCAGGCUCUGAUACACUGGGAGAAGGACCUUUCAAGGCAUCCAGCAAAAACAUGCACACUGUAGAGGUGACUAGCAGUGAGGCCACUAACACCUUUGACCCUACAUUUUGGCGCUCCAACACUCAUACUCGUAAAACUGAGCAGGAAUACGUCUAUGGUACUGUGAAGCACACGGAUUGGCCCUUCCAUAGUGAGAAGGGUUACCAUGCUGAAAGUGAAUGGGAUCAAGAAGGGGACCCGGUCUUUGGAACAACCAAUCACCUUCCAGAAAAGGAUAUUGAUGAAGAAAGGCAACAUGUUUUUGGCACAAUCACUCACCAUAGUGAUGGAAGCCGCAUCACUAGUGAAGAAAGUCAGAUUUACGGCACGAUAAGUUACGGUCCACUACCAGACACAACAGACACCACAAAUUAUGGAGGAACUAGCUGGUCAGACCACACAAGUGUUACUGAAACCCACUUGCCUAGGAGGAACACAGCCUUUGAGGAAAAUGGCAACUCUCUUGAAGAUGGCAGAGGAACAAAAUCACUCUACUCACCAGAUGGCAGUCAUGCAGACACUGAGCACCGCCACCCUUCAUUCCCUACAUUAGGUCAGCGCAUGGGGUCAUGGCCAGAUCACAGUGAGACUCGGAAUUCAGGUCAUAGCACAGGCCGAUGGCCAAGUCACGGUGCCACUGAUUCCAUUUGGGAUUCUUGGACAUACUCCUUGGACCAGCAUCACCAUAAGCACCAGCAGUACGACCCCCCUGGCAUCCCCCAUUCGCACGCUGAUGCCUCCCCUUCCCUGCCCCCUGCACCUCCCAACACCAGCUCUGGAGGCUCUCGCUCUGUACCAUACUUCCAGAAGCUGCUUUCCGACCUGGAGAGCUUCUUACCGGCUUCCCUGCAGAGAACGAUUAGCUCGAGGGGAGGACGCCACGCUGCCUCACCAAGAGAUGAAUUUGGAGGAAUGAUCUCACACGACCUUGUGCGUGAUGCAACCACAACUGAGCAUCCGCUCGGAACACCUGAAAUACUUGGGAAAGGUACUCGAGAUUCUCUGGAAUUUGAAUGGCAAAUGACAAAUUGGUCUGAGUGUUCACAGACUUGUGGGUUCACCAGCUCCACCGGUGGCUACCAGGUUCGGUCAAUCCAGUGCCUGGUGCGAGUAAACAAUGUGAGUCGGCCAGUAGAUGGGGCUCUGUGUACAGAUGCAGGUCUCGAGGCCCCAACCACUUUCCAGAAAUGUGGACUCGUGGGAUGUCCACAAUGGCAUUUUAGCGAGUGGUCGGAGUGCGAAUCAUCACGCUGCUUCACGCUUAACUAUGCUUACCAGCGUCGUGAUGUUGUGUGCCAGCUACUUAAUGGGACAGUUGUCAGUGCUUCACAGUGUGAUGACCGAAGUCGCCCGCGUCAUCGACAAGGAUGUUACAACAAUCAGUGUUCCGGUGUGUGGCGGGUUGGUGAGUGGUCAGAUUGUACUGCACCCUGUGGUGGCCAGGGAUAUCGAACAAGACUUCUACAGUGCGUAUGGAACGGUACCAAGAAAGCUGCCGGUAAUGCCUGCCGAGAGCUGCCACGUCCCGAGGUGGUCCGCUGGUGUGACGGUGAACCCUGCCCCGACCUCAGUGAGGGGGAAGCCAAGGAGGCAAGAGAAUGUCGGGAUCGGAGUAAGUACUGCAACAUUGUCAAGAGGAUGAAUAUGUGUCGCAUCCCAACAUACCGAGAGCAGUGUUGUCGCUCCUGCCCUUAGCACAUCCCCUCUCCUCAUCAAGGAGCUACCUACACCAAGCCUCGACAUUACAGUACUGAAGAAUCGCCUUCGGAAACUGCUAGCCCUUCACCUAGAUCAUGUGACCAGCAACAGUUAACAUCACAGGGUUAUUUUAUCCAUUUUAAUUUGACAAAACAAGAGUGUUAAUGCUUGACUGUUAGUGAUGAAGAACAAUGAUAGUGAAGCAAUUGUCACUGAAGCCCAAUAAGCUGUCUAUCAGUAUUAGACUGUUGGUUAUGUCAUAAUAAUGGAUUAAGAAUACCUGUACUCCUGGAGAAACUGCACCGAAAUUUUACCACACUGAAUGUAUAUCUGGAAAAGACAUGGUUUACAGAUCUAUUGUUCAGAUUCUAAUCAAUGUUUUAAUCCACGGACUUAUAAACAAGCCAUAAUAAUAAUUAAGAACUGUGCACCUACAUGUUUGAAGUUAAUUCAUAUCCUAAAGUUGCAGAAAAAGUAUUGGAUAUGUAGAAUUAAGUUAUUUAUCCUCUAGUAAAACAGAAUUAUGAAAGUAAGACAAACACAUUUCCUAUGUGCCAGGGAAAGUGUUGGUGUCAGGAAAGUUCAUAGAAAAUUACCGAGCUGUGCAGCCUUGUGGUCUGGAGGAUUUCCCUUCAACACUGGCCUGAAAUGCAACACACUGUAUAUAUUAUAUGUCCUUAUAAUGUUCCAAAAGUUAUGUAGAGAGACAUUAGCAUUAUUUACAUAGUAGUGGCUAGAUAGAAGUGCUGAAAAUGGGUAAUAGUUGCUUCUAUAUCAUAAUUGUAAUGAAGAUAACAUUGACAAGGUGACACUAAUGAGCCAAGUAGCAGAAAACUCAAGAGUGAUUGUAUGGACUAAUGUGGUUAUUCUGUGAGAACCAGAAGCUAAGAUUACAAUCUUAAACAUUGAGUCUCUGGCAAGUUUUUUUUAAUUGGGGGAAUUUUUUCACUGGAUUCCCCCUCCCAGAGGAUGAAGAUCUAUGUACAGGUGUAUUUGAAUUCUGUGAAUCUCUUUUGCAACACCUAGAGACAGAGAGAGAAUCUGAAUCAUUUAUAAAACUGCAUCAACGUAUGUAUUGUGAAACAUUUUAUUUUAUUAUCCUGAUCACUGUUCAUAUUACCUACGUUCAGUUGCAUCUAUACAUUUUGUUAAUGAUUUAUCAGUCAUAGAGUUCAGUGCUGUAUGGAAGAGAUCUCAUAUCAGUGAAUAAUGUACUUCUGGCCUUUUAGUGUUUUACAUGUUAAGAAUUCUUUUGAGGAUCUCAAGUGAAAAGACAAACCUUUUUUUGCCUUGUUUCCAUUGAUAUGUAAAGAAUGGGCACAUCUGCACUCUGUAGACUUUCUCUAUCUAUGUGUCAUUAUAAAUCUUAAGAGACUGCUUUGUACUGUCCAUUUUAUUAAUAAUUUCAUUCUUAUGACUGAAUGGAAUGCACAAUAAGUACAUAGUACUAAUAGGUCUUUUGAAUGAUGUGUGAUAGUGAAGAUAUCCAGUGACAUACAUUAUGCUAUGUGUGGGAUGCUGUGGACUUAUCUAGUUGUGACCCUCUGAGUCACUAGGAUGGUAUUACUGCAUCAUCAGUAAACAAGAAAACUUUUUCACUUUAAUCCAUACUAGUCUUAUGGCAACAGACACCCACUUCAGGAGAGGCCACAGGACCUAAGGUGACUUGAGCUCACCUAAGCUGGCGCACAAACCUAAGUUAGGGUCUUAUAUAAAUAAGCCGUCUGCAAGCAUGGUAUUUCAAUAACACAUAGAUAAUGUUUUAGAUAAGUGUCGUAAGCAUCCCUGUGUUGUAGAGCAAUAACACCCUAAUUGAUAAAUGUACAGUAGAUGUUAUCUGUAACACGUACAGUAAUGUAACAUAUGCAUAUAAUAUACCAAGUCUAAGGUAUCCAGUACAUAAUGAUGCUGCUAUGAUAUUUAUAAUUGUUUUGUUCUUAUGUUACCCCAUGUAAUACUGUACUUUGAAAUGAGUUAAGGUUAAUACAAGAAACUUGAUCUUGUGGUAAUGUGAUGUUAAGUGGGCAUCUCUCCCUAUUAUUUAUUUCCGUUGUCAUUUUCAUCAAUUAUUAAUCAUGGCUGAUGUAAAAUAGUUGAGAAAUAAUUACUUUUUUCUUCUUUUUCUUUUACCAAAUUUUGGUAAGAUCUGUACAGUACUGUCAUGCUUUUAGAUACUUUUGUCUGAUUGUACAGUUCUUUUUUAGGAACAAUUUGCAAAGAAUUUUUCUAUCCAUUAGUACUGUACAUCAUGGAAGUAAUUGAUGUCCCCAUAUACAACAGAAUUUAGGUUAGUUAUGUCUAUAUAAUGAUGAAAAUCACAUGACGAAAAUUAUACUAUAUUAGAAAGCACUCUUUUAUACAGUAAGAUUCUCCUUGUGUGGGUCAUCAUAUUUUACCCUCACUGCAUUCUGAUUAAUUUUAUAUUUUAUUUUUUGAUUUCUUCAUGCCACAAGAUCAGGGUCCACGUUCAGACUCUACCUCAGUUUGAUUGUAAAAGGAGCUUGUGAUGCUGGACAAUAGCAGAGAAUCUCCAGGGUAAAGGAAGAGGAGUCAUAAGUAUAAGGUGGGAUAUGAGCCAGAAUGUCUUAAAUCAUGAGAGGCAGUUUAAUGGAGGAGGAAUAUAUGACAUUAUGAAUGGAAAUUUUGAGUUUGAGUGUGAGAGGAAAUGAAUGUCUUUAAUUAUGCAGUAUGUAAAUGGAAUAGAUAAUAAUAUCAUCUAAGGCAUAAUAAAUUGUAGACCAAAAAAAUAACUGACUAUGAUUAGACAUGAAAAUAUUUGUAUGGUGGGGGUGAGGGGGAAGGUUGUCAGGACAAAGUAUACAUUAUUGACCAUGUUAAAUCUUUCCACCUGGUGUUUAGUUCUUUUAUCACUAGAGAAUAUAUAUGGGAAACACGUAGAAUUAAGAUAGAAAUUCAUACUGUGAACCAUAAGUGCAAAAUUUCUCACAUUCAGGAUUUAUACCUUUAGUGUAUUGAAAAAAAAAGUUACGGUAUUUGAGCUUGAGCUUAUGUUACUGUUUUGUAAAAGACAGAAGCAGGAAGUGAAAGUGAAUUGUAGUUGAUUAUUUUCUGUGUGGUAGAGGUUAUAUAUGGAAGGAUCUCUAGUAACACAAAUAGAUUUACAUGUAUAUUGAUUUUCCAUAUUGUUUAACAGGAAAAUUCUGUACUGUACUGUUUAUCUAUAUACUAUAGGUGUAGUUUCAUCACAUUGGUUACCAUUGUUUUUAAUGUGAUCACUGUUGAGAUAGAUAUAACUACAGUACUUUCUUUGACAAUUAUAUUAUACAAAAGUUCAAGUUAUAUCUGUAUUAUCUUUUAUAUUCACUAGAAAGUAACCAAUUUGUAUGCUGCUUAAAAAUCAUAUUGCUGCAGUAGGAAUACCAAAAAAACAGUUUGUUUAUGUUCAGGAUAAUAUCUGGGAACUUGAAGAAAGUUGUGCACAGUUUACUGACCACUGCAAAUUUUCCAAGUAAGAGAGUUUCAUUUCUCCCCUCUUUUUAGCACUAUUAAUCUUAGUAGUGUGAGUAAUUUAUGUUGACAGAAACCCGUUACUGUCUGUGGUUGUCUCUAUUCAAUGUAUGGAGGACAAUAAUAUGAAUGUUAUUGCCAUACAUGUUAAUUACUGCAUGUGAAGAAUCAAGAUUAAAUACAGUACAGCAUUCAAGAAGAAGGGUUCUUUGACGGGAGAAACAACACAGCUGCACUGUUAAAAUGAUGGUAGUUACAGCAGCUGUAGUGACAUGUGUGAAAGUUUAUAAGAACCUUUGAGAAUCUCAUAUUUCAAAAUAUUUAAAUACAGUGUACAGUACAGAUUUCUUAGUAAUGUAGAGUAAGGAAAUGUGAGUACAAAAAAAGGUGCCAGGCUUUGAAAAUUAAUUAUACAGUAUUGAUGGAAGGAGCAAAUGGUAAGACAGUGCAUCCAACUGGCAUAAUAAAGUUGAAGAGAAGAGAGCAGUAAUUAAACUGAUUUCUGCUUUCUGGAAAAAAAAAAUGGAGUUGAUCAAGUGAUAUUUGGUGUUGGUUGUGCAAGUAAAUGUAUAUGGAUAUUUAUGCUCCUCUACAACAGUGUGAAAAAAUUCACUUUUGGAAGGCAAUUAAAAGAAAACGACUGGAUAGAAGAAUGAAGAGAAACAGAGUUAUGUUUUGAAAUACUUUUUAAGGAAAAUGGUAAUCAAAUCAUCCUAUUUGCAUAUUAUUUUCUCUUGUUAUAGUUUUCUUUGGAUGAGAGAAAUACAGAGAAUGGCAAACAAUUGAAUGACUGUGCCACUUGACGUACAGAUACUGUAUGAAGUUAGCUCCUUUGGUAAGCUUUAGGUAUGAUAGAGUUGUGUUAAAAUGUACACUUAAGUAAUGUAAUUAAAAAAAUGCCUCAUGUUUUGAAGAAUCUUUAAAUGUUAUGGUCACAUCACUGUGAUUCAGCUAUUGUGGCCCUUUGUGCUGAACCAAUAUAGGAAGACUGCCCAAUUACAGUCGAUGCACAAUAAUACGUUACAAUACCGGACUGCCUACUAAGCUAUUUUCAGUCUCCCGUUUCCAUGUCGUAAGGACUCAUCUCUUAAUAUGUCCAUGUGUGGCGAGGGGUAUAACGAUGACGACUGGAAAUUAUAUCAAUAUUCACUACAGCUAAUAAUAUAAUAGGUUGAGGUAACAUACUGAAAAUGGAGUAAAUAUAUAAACUUGUCAUUAUUAUUAUUUCCUGAUUGUUUCUCUGCACCAAACUUAAGGAGAAUAUGGAAGAGAGGGGAGUCUCCCUUUUAACCAUUAGGAUAAAUAAGAUCUUUUGUUUUGAGACUUUUUAUAUAUAAUUUUUAAAUGGAAACACUGGUUAAAAUAAUUCAAGAAAAUGAAGACAUAUUUCUAUUUUGUACUAAAUAAUAUUUUGUUUCUGAUACAAUGUUUGAGUGUGGUCCCUCGCCAUGCUUGGUCUAUGCUAUCCAAACUUGAGGUAUUAAUGCACUACCCUCUCCAUGCCUGGUCUAUGCUGUCCCAACUUGAGGUAUUAAUGCACUACCCUCUCCAUUUCUCCACCUUUACUAUGUAUUUUAUCAUUAUCUCCCACUUCAUUCUUCUUCGACUCAUGCAUUUAUCAAUUUUAUUAUCUUUCUGUAUUUAUUUUUCUCUACUUGUACUUGCAUAGCGAAAUGUGAUUGUAUAUAUUGCUGUAAGUGCAUUGUACAAAUAAAGCACUAGACAAACACA